CAGGAGGCUCUAUUACCGGACGCUGGAGCUGAACGACAAGCUCUACAUCCAGUACAAGGGCUGGAAGACCCUCGGGAACCUCGAGGGCUGGACGGGCCUCCGCGCCCUGUACGCGGAGUGCAACGCCUUCGACACCAUGCAGGGCCUGACCAUGUGCCGGGGCCUCCGCAGCCUCUUUCUGCAGGAGAACUGCAUACGCAGAAUAGCAGGUUUGGAGAACUGCCCAGAUUUGUACAACAUCAAUUUGAGCAGCAACUUCAUUGAACGCAUCGAGGGCUUGUCUCAGUGCAAGAAUCUCAACACGCUUGUCAUAGCAAAGAACAAGAUCGGCUUCAACGGUGUUGAUGACGUCGUCGAGCUGUUGGACUGCCCCAGCCUCAGCACAGUCGACAUCCAGGACAACAAGCUCUGGGAUCCUGACGUCCUUCCCGAGGUGUUCAGUCGAAUGGGCGACCUCAGAGUGCUGUAUCUCAAGGGCAAUCCCUGCAGCAAGGCAAUUCCAAACUACCGGAAGAGCACGACGGUGUACUGCAAGGAUUUACGGUACCUCGACGACCGGCCUGUGUUCCCCGACGACCGGCGCGCCGCCGAGGCGUUCAACCGCGGAGGCCUCGAGGAGGAGCGGGCGGAGCGCCGCCGCAUCCGCCAGGAGGCCAGCGACAAGCACGACAGGAGCAUGAGGGCCUUCUCCGACAUGGUGGAGAACGCGCGGCGCGAGAAGCGGGAGCGUGACGCCAUGCGUGCCGAGGACAAGUUUACCGACGAGACGGACCCCGUCGAGUCCACCGAGCGCCGCAUGCGGCGCCAGGU